AUGGAAGCAAAAGAACAUGAGGACUUUACCCCAGGCUCCUUGGACGAGAGUCGACAGCCAAAAGUGUACAUCACUGCGGGCGUUUUCAUCGUGCUCAGCACAUGUGCAGUGGCCCUGCGCUUCCUAGCCCGUCGUAUCUCCCGUGUUCCCUGGCACCGCGACGAUAUCUUGAUUCUCAUUUCUUGGGUGUGGUUUAUGGCCUUCGUCACGACUACUAUAGCUGAUGCCCGGUUCGCCGGCCUCGGUCUACACGAAGCCCGCGCUUUGGAAAUCGAUUCCGAUAUGCUAGCUCGCUGGGCGAAAUACGUUCUGGCCAUCGCGAUGCUGUACCUGAUAACAGUGGCGCUUCCAAAGUUUGCCAUUCUAAGCAUGUACUUCACCAUCUUCCGCAGCAGCCGCAUCUUUCGUAUCACUUGUUAUAUCACCGGAGGGUUAGUAGCCGCCAACCUGAUCGCAUCCUGUGCUGUAGGCUUCGCCAUCUGCGUUCCCCUCAAGUCUUUCUGGGAUAAAUCGAUAGACGGCCGAUGUCUCGACAUCAACGAGUGGUUUCGCUGGACCCGAGUCGUGAAUAUCCUGACCGACAUAAUCCUCUUGAUAUUGCCGAUCCCGCAAAUAUGGCGCCUGCAAAUGUCAGUACGGCUUAAACUUGGCCUGCUACUAACGUUUUCACUAGGAGGCCUAGGCCUCGUUGCAGCCAUUUCCAGCUACAGGGUGAUCUCCACCACCAACGCAAGUCUUGACCCUACCUGGUCUGGCGCCGAAAUCAUGUUCUGGGCAAUUAUCGAAUGUGGCAUGUACCUGAUCGCGCCUUGCUUGGUUUCGUACCAACCCUUGGUGAAGAUUAUGUGGCGAGGCGUCGUGGAAUACGGGUCGCGGACUCAAUUGCUCCAGUACUGGCGGACGGCUCGUGGGCAUAACACCGUCAGCGACACGGCGUCUAAAGAGCACGGUGACACGGUUAGCUUGGUGCAUAUUGUUCGAAAGAGCUCGGGGGCGGGGCCCUAA